CCUCCUUCAUCCCCCCCCCCCCCACUAGACACAACGCCCCUCCCAGCAGGGUCUAUUCCCCCUCCCUCCGCUAAUUCGCUUGGUCGUAACCAGGUAGUAUGCUAGCCCGCCCAUCUGCCUCCUUACAUGCUUACAUGCCCACCUACAUAUCCAGCCGUUCAAUCAGCCCCGCCUGCCCGCCAUGCGUACACACCACCGCCGUCCUAGUCCUAGCCCAUGUUGUCGCCUGACGACGUCGCCGUCCCAGGCCGCCCCACUGCACCUAACCACCACCCCGCUGCCCGAGGGCCCCGCACCGCCCGCGCGCUCUCCCCCGCGUCUCGCUUGCGUAGUCCGUAGUCCGUCUGCUUACACGCCUACGUAUAUACACCUACAUUUUUACCUUACCGGGUCCGCGUUUCCCGCAGCCGCUCCCGUCGUCUCCCCCCCCCCAAUCUCCCCUUCCUCGCCGUCUCUCGGUAUAUGCAUAGUAGUGCUACUGCGGGAUGAGGUAAGGGUGCCAGGGGGUAGGUGGGAGGAGAGCGAGAAAAGGAGGGCCAAGCAAGGAGGAGGAGGGGGGGACCUAGUGGGCUGCCAGCAGUGGCGACGGCACCCAGCAACAACGGCAGCAGAAGCAACAGCAGUCCUUGGCGUCGACUCUACGAGGUGUCAGCCUCCACUCCGCGUCGUAGGUAUGUGUGUAGGUAGGGAGACAACGAGGUCGGUCGGCUGGGGCCUGCUUCGUCUUGGCCACAGGGAUCUGCCCAUGCCUACCACCUACGUAGGUAUGUAAGUGAGCUGUCGAAGACUGUGUUUAUGUGCGAACGGG